UCGACCAAGAAAAUAUAUUGCGAGUCCAUCGUACCGCUUCCACAGAAAAAAAAAUCAAUGACGAUGACAAUCGAAUGCCUGAAAAUUGUUUCCCAGCAGUAGAAAAUAAGUUGUCCAAGUGUUCAAAGCAUCUGAAGGGAAUUUUAGUUUUGAUCGAAUCUUCCCACACAAAAUACCAGUUCUAUUUCAACAAUGGCUGAAGGAACGUACGAAUACGAGUGCAUGCGUGCGGAAUUAUUGGGCGUAGAGAAGCCCAGUCGUGAAGAUUUUGAGCAAAAGAUGAGGCUCCAAGAGGAAGCUGGACAGGAGGAACUAAUAUCCGAACAGAUGCGGGAAGUUGAUCUACAGGAUGAGCAGAUGCAAGGUGCAUCCGGCAAAAUGGAUGAGCUGAACAAUAUUCUUUCAAUCACUCAACAGCGAAUAAACAAGUUUAAGGUUGCUUGUGGCAGCUUAACCAGUUUGUUGAGAUUUCGCCCAUCUACGCCUAACGAAGGUGCAACAUCAAAUCAGGCGUCAAACGAAAGCUCUUCGAACACAAUUGAUGAUGCCUUAGACACUCUGGACUCAAUGAAAGAGGUUCAAAAUGCAUCUGAAGCAAAAAUAGCAAAGUCAGCAGCAAAUGAUUUGGGCCAGAAAAUGACAUCACAACUAGACAAGCUUGAUUCAUUAAUUUACAGAGCAGAUAACGCUGCUUAUUCCAUGAACCAUCAAACUAAACAAAUGAAACAGAUAACGAAGUAAACUAGGAGUGCAGAUAACCUAAAAAAGAUAUAAAUAAACAAGAAUCAGUAGAAUUCUACUAUUCAAAUGCUUUAAAUUUUGUGAGUAUCAAACGAUAAGUUAACAGCUAUAUCGUUGAAAUAUCUGCUUUCUCUGGAUUAAUUGCAGCGUUAAACGAAGUGUUAAUGUACAAUUAUUUAUAAUGUAAUUGCUGUCUUCCAUGCUGUUGGAUGUAUUAUUUGAGCAUAAUCAAUUUUAACUUUAAUAUAUUUAUUGCGUGAUUUGUCGCUGUUACCAAAACGAAGACGCCAACGAAGUGAUAAAACACCGAAGAAGUAUGUGAUAUUAGUUGCACCACUUGUACAGAUAUGAGAGACAAUUGUAACAGACUUUUCCAUUUUUAUGUACUCGUAGAAAGAUCAUACAAAUAUUGUAACAAGUUGUUAUUGUUGUCUUUACCAAUUCCAAACUAUCGCUUUGCAACUAUACCCAAUGUGAAUUAUCUCUAGUUAUACAAAACAAGCAAUAAACAGUUAACCAAUGAA